CGUUCGAGAGGAUGAUAAGCAACCCUCCCCGCGUGCCACGACAUGCUCGCCUGAGGAAGAAUGUGCAUCACACGCUCAACGCUCAACGGACAGAAGCACGGUCGGGUGACGCGUGAGACCGUGAACGCGCCGCCUUUGAUGCCACCUUCUGCGCACUAAGGGGACCUCGAUCGUUCUACCGAACAAGCGUCUCUUACCCAUUGUUAUGCAUUCUUCCCUUUCAUACCAUCAAUCGUCCGUCGCUUACGAUGAUUGAGUCUGCGCCUUUCAUACCUUUCGGCAUAUCUUUGAGUGCCACCGAUUUCCUCUUCUCGCCUUGAGCACAAGCACCAUAAGCACGCAGAGAUGAAGUCGAUAACGAGCGGCAUACCUUUCAUACUGACCAAUCUUGUCAGGCUAGCCGACAUCGUCAUCAUUGUUCUCUACAUCGUGGCCUCUUCGCUGGCAUACUCUGGCAGGAUAGCGAUUCUCAAAGAGGUCACACCUUCGCAACCCAACACGAUCGCCUUUGUCGUUCUGUUCGCCCUCGGCAUCGAUGUCACGCUCAUACUCUGCUUGAUCUCCGAGAUGCCCUUUCCUCGCGCGGAGGAAAUGCUGCAAAACGCCUUGCCCAUCAUUUCUGCAAAGUAUGGCAGCGGGUGGCUGGGAGCGAUACUGCUCAUCGUCUCAUCAGAGACCCUGUCCGGGACAUUGAUCUUUCACGACUCGCUCUUCAGCGGUGCUGCGGUUGCCCUCUUUGUGAUGGGCAUCAUCAAUGUCUUUUGCGGUCUGCUACUGGGCGUGGCCAUGAACGAGUUGAGGAGCGUCUUCACGUUUGACGAUACCGACGGCAAACUUGACAAGUUUGCGACAUCUGAGCAUUCUCACUCGACGCGCAAACUCAACAUCAGCGGGCCGGUCCCGCUUUCGCAAGUCUGAACGACUACGUUGUAUGAACAACACGAUAAUGCACAUACUCAUUCAAUCAUCGCCAUCAAUGAUGAUCGGGCCCUGUUCCGUGGCGACUGCUUCUGGCUGCGGGGCUCCCUG